AUGCCGCAGAUGAUUCCUGCUUCAUCCUCCACCAUCCCCCUCUUCCUCUAUCCCCGUUUCUCUGUUUCCCUUAUUGUGGGAAUGUAUUACAGGUGUGGUUAUGGUGGGGUGGAGUUACUGUUGGUGCUGUGUGGCCUAGAUCUCUCUCUGCCCUGUCCUCGCCACUGCAUCUGCUACACUUCACCUAGCACCGUCUCCUGCCAGGCCCACAACUUCCAUGCCGUGCCUGAGGGCAUCCCCGCCCAGAGCGAGCGCGUCUUCCUGCAGAACAACAAGAUCCAGCGGCUGCUUCGCGGUCACUUCUCACCCACCACCACCAUGUUGUGGCUUUACUCCAACAACAUCUCCUAUAUUCAACCAUCCACCUUCCAUGGCUUUGACCGCCUGGAGGAGCUGGACCUUGGGGACAACCGGCACCUGAAGGCCAUUGCUUCAGACACUUUCCUGGGCCUAGGUCGGCUACAUGCCCUGCACCUAUACCACUGUGGCCUGAUCAGCCUGCCUCCAGGGAUUUUUGCGGGCCUCCAUAAUCUCCAGUAUCUCUACCUACAGGACAACCAGUUAGAGUUCCUGGAGGAUGACCUGUUCAUCGACCUACUGAACCUUAGUCAUCUCUUCCUGCAUGGUAAUCGACUAUGGAGCCUUCGCCAGAACACUUUCCGUGGUCUGGGGGUUUUAGACCGCCUGCUUCUCCACCAGAACCGAAUCCAGUGGGUUGACCGCCAGACUUUCCAUGACCUGCGGCGCCUGACCACCCUGUACCUGUUUAAUAACUCCCUGACUGAGCUAUCUGGUGCCAGCCUGACUCUACUGCCGGCCCUGGAGUACCUACGACUCAAUGACAACCCCUGGGAGUGUGACUGCAAGGCCCUGUCACUUUGGGAUUGGCUGCGGAGGUUUAGAGGCUCCACUUCCUCUCUGAUAUGCGUUUCACCACCAGAGCUGGCAGGGAAGGACCUGAAAUCGGUGAAGAAAGAGGAGCUACCCAGUUGCUUGUCAGGCGAGGGCCAUGCACAUGGUGCCCCAGGUGGGGACAUGGAGCACGGAGAGUCUCUGAACCACCUAAAUCGUCACAGAAACCAUCAUAACCACCAUCAGCGGCCGUAUUUGCCCCACGGGGACCAAUACAGCUUGCCUUCACCCUCGCCCCUGCCACGGCCGCCAAAGGGAGGCCGCAGAAACUGUACCCGCCGGGGCCGCAAGGCAAAAGGGGGGAUCAAUGAAGUGCAGGUACUACGGGAGGGGGGUGACAAAGACUAUACUCCAGACGGAGGUAAAUAUGACCUGUCUGCAACUGCAAGGAGGAAGAACAAGUGCACCCCAAGAACUGUCGGCCCACCAAGUGGGGUCCAGAGGGCUAACAAUAAAGCAGGGUCACACCUUGCAGAUAAUUUUUUCUGUUUCUCAUCAGCCCUGCUGCUGUCACUCAUCUCUGUGAUCCUACGCUGA